AUGGCCUCCAGUGACUACAGCAAUCUCCCCAGCUUCGACGAUCUCCCACCAGUCAGGGGCAUGCCCCAGGGCUGCGCCUGGGGACUCUUCGACAAAGAUGGAGAAAAGGAUUACCUAGGCUGCCUCAACCUCCUCACCCCGGCUGUCGUCCAAGCAGCCCUAAAAGAAGCGCGCGAUGGUCAAUCAGUUUCACUCAACUGGCCCAUCAAUGCCAUCCAUACGCCCGGCUUCAUGCGCGCAGGGCUCUCACACAACGUGCUUUCAUUCCAGGACAGCCCAUUCAAGAUCCACGGUUUUGACGACGAGGUACACUUCAACACACAAUGCUCGAGCCAGUGGGACAGUCUCGUCCACUUUGCCCAUCAGACCUCGGGCCUCAGCUACAACGGCGUCAAGCCUACCAAGGAGAGCCUUCACCAGGUUGACACCCCGUUUCAUAAGGAUCGCAACCUGCCCACACUCAAUCACUGGCACUCACGGGGUGGUCUUGUUGGACGCGGGGUUUUGAUCGACUACAAAGCAUACGCAGACGCACACGGAAUCAAAUACUCAGCAUUCGACUCCCACAAGAUCACGACAGAGGAUAUUGAGGCGGUGGCUAAAUGGGAAGGAGUUGAAUUUCGGCAGGGCGACAUUCUGAUCAUCCGGUCUGGGUUUACACUGGGCUUCGAGGAGGCGGGCACUCCUGAGAACCAGGCGGAGCUGAUGGAGAAGCACCGCGCGGUUGGAAUGGAAGGGAAUGCGAAGUCGGCAAAGUGGGUUUGGAACCACCACUUUUCAGCUGUUGCUGGUGAUACUAUUGCGUUUGAGCAACUUCCGCCCAUCCGGGAGGAAGAUGGGAAGGAGGGCACGAUUGGCGAGUUGCUCUUGCAUCAAUACUUCCUGGGAUUAUUCGGCCUCAACAUUGGCGAGCUUUGGGAUCUCGAGGCGCUGUCCCAAGCCUGCGCGCAGAAAAAGAGAUACUCUUUCCUCCUUACAAGCUGUCCCCUUAAUGUCCCUGGCAGUGUGGGUAGUCCUCCCAAUGCCCUCGCCAUCUUCUAG